GCGCGCCGCCAACCUGAGGGGCGCAGGAUGUGGCUUGGCGCUGACGUCAGCCCCAGAUGUUUUCCCAGGCCACGCCCCCGCGGGGGUCCGGGCGAGUCCGAGCAGCGGUAACGGGGAGAGCUUAUUCUACUGUCACACCGCAAUGGAAGGGCUGGUGGAACCGCGUCCUUAUUCUGUCGCGUUCUCGAAAAAACAGCAUUAAUUCCAACUCCAAGCAACAAGCUGCCAGUGCUGGGAUCUAUCUGUUCUUAUUUUUCUCUUCCAUCGGACUUCCAACGUGCUUUUUUUUUCUUUAUAUAGAGACAUGCUGGGUGUGACCGUCACAAAGUGUGUUUUUGACGGCUGUUAAAUCAGCAUUUACUUCUACAAAGAGAUCCUAAGAAACAAGAGAGGGAAAAGUCUGCUCGCACAAUCUUUUCUUAAAAGGGAACAAGCAGUGUUGUGGGGUGUUUUUUUUUUCCUCUUCUGUUCGGAUUUCUUUUUAAACUUAGGAGAAAUGGCAACAGCAGCAUAUGUGGAUCAUUUUGCAGCAGAGUGCCUUGUUUCUAUGUCUAGUCGUGUUAUUAUUCAUAGUCCCAAAGGGGAGCCUGAUCCCCAACCUGAUGCAGCAUUACCUCCUUCAUCAAAUGGAGAAGAUAAGCGGGAAGUCAGAGAAACGGGGAAAGACAAUGGAUCGUCAUUACUUGUGGUAGCAAGCAUUUUAGCAGAUCUGAACCAGCAUGUCCCAAACUCACCUGCUCUAAGGAUGGAGAAAACAGAGACCUUUGAUAUCACAGAACAAAUACAUAUUUCUAUUGCUCCUAAGGAGUUUGAGGAAGAAAGUGUGUCUUCGGCUGGUAAGUGUGGAGGAGGAAGAGCAGCCACACCUACUAGCCUGGCUGCAGUAACUGAGCCAAGCCCCAGACAAAAGAACAAACGCACAAGAAGCUGGACUGACCCGGGAUCACCCCAGAAAAAGCACAAAUGCCACUAUAUGGGGUGUGAAAAAGUUUAUGGCAAAUCUUCCCAUCUUAAAGCUCAUCUAAGGACCCACACAGGUGAACGGCCUUUUGAAUGCAACUGGCAAGGAUGCAACAAGAAGUUUGCUCGCUCUGACGAGCUAGCGCGCCAUUACCGCACCCACACUGGAGAAAAGAAGUUCAGCUGUCCUCUAUGUGAGAAGCGCUUCAUGCGCAGCGACCACCUGACAAAGCACGCUCGGCGCCAUGCCAAUUUCCACCCAAGCAUGCUCAAGAGGCGAAGUGGAAGCAGCUCAAGAACAGGGUCUGUCAGUGACUACAGCCGUUCAGAUGCCUCAAGUCCUACGAUUAGCCCUGCCAGCUCCCCAUAGACCUACCUGCACUGGAUGUCAGCACUUUGCCUCUAAUACUUAACGUGGAGUUUUGUUUGUGUUGCACACAUUAAAAAAACUCUGUCACUUCCCCUCCUCAGUUUCUCGCCCCCCCUUUUUUUUUUUCUCCCCAAAAAUCAGUUAAUAGCUGCCUCCCACUGCAACUUCCCACCAUUUUUUUUGUUACCCAACCACAGAAGUGGCUAUUCUAACCUCAUGGACAGACUUACAUAUUUCACUUAGUGACUCCUGCUGUCUCCAUUUCAUAUGUUUUGCAACCUUUAUGGAUCUUCCUGAUCCUCCUUUAUAAGAAAACGAGAAAAUCUGAAAAAAAAAGAAAAAAAACCCCACUUACUUCACCUCAGGUGUCAAAGUAGUUUUGUAAGACCAGAUUGCACAACAUGAGCAUACAUACACUUACAAAUCAACUGUGUUGGAUUGUAUCCCCCUUCUCUUUUCUCAGGGAUGGAUAUUUAUGUUACACAAUAAUUACAAUGAAGACACACCCUAACCGCAGCCUUACUCUGUAAAUACACUUGCACUCUGAAGCUUUUUGUUAAGUUCUUUCACACACUGGCCAAAAAUGAAAAACAAACAAUACAAAAACCAAACCAGUACUGGAAUGUAGUACCAGACUCUGCCAUUGUGUGUUUUCCUGAUUAUACACCUACAUUGAGGAGUGUCCGAACAGGAGUCUUGCCUUUCUUCAAGCUGCCCUCUGCUUUUGGUAGCAAGCCAGCUUUUCACUUCAUGCUGAAGAUGCUCCAAAACCUACUUCCUAUUGCAAAAAUCUCUGUGAGGUUCAUAAACUUGUUGGUUUGUUUCAUGCUAGAUAAAAUCCUGAGAAAAAAAAUUCUAUACAAGAUCCCUUAAAUAAAUAACUUAAAUAAUGAAGAAAUGUAAUUACACUGUGUAACAUUUUAUUGCAAGGUGGCACGGAAUCUCAGAUGCAUUCUGUUGUCACUCUCCAAGUUGUUAAGCUCUCUGCACUGCCCGAUCAGUAUGGGACCAUUGUCUUUAUUAUUUUUGUUCCUGUUUUAAAAAAAAUAAACUAUGGAAAUAGCAUAGCUGAACCAAUGCCCACCAAAACUUUAAUCAAGGUACUUACCUUCUGUACAGCUGUAUCUUAGCAAGACAAAUUGGCUAAGACAUAGUUUCUGCAUCCUGUUGCUUCAUAAUUGUAGUUGCUGAUAAAAGGAAGUGAAAAUCUUCUGACUGGAAAAAUAAAAUAUGCAUCUUAAAGUUUUUAAAUAAAAUGGUAUUUUAGCUCAGUGCUACUACAAGUUUCUCAAAAAGAAACAUACCACCAUAAAAUAAGGUGCUCUCAUUGCUGAAUAACUGCUUAAUAGCAAAAAGGAAAUCUUAGCUAGUUUUCAACAAUGUUCUAAUAUUCAUCACUAGACAGAGCACUAGGAGGUAGAUUUCUGUGUUUUAUAUGGUAGAAUAUACAGCAAAAGACCAGGAGCAUUUUAACAUACUGGAGACCCCACUGGCAGGAAAUGCACUUUCCUUGGUUUUGCUGGGUCUGAUGGUGCAUAUUAUAAAUUUGUGUCCUUUUGAUUCUGGAGUUUUUAGGGUUUUCUUGCUUUUACUGUAGCAGUUAAGUGUAGCAUGGUGAAAAGAAACGCUCUGCCAAACCUGUUGUUUGAUAUCAAGUGAAGGCCUCUGGAUUCCAAGUGAACCUGUAUCUUACUUGCUGCUUCGCAUUGAUCCAAUUUUUAAAGUUUUUAUUGUAUUGUAUAUAUUGACUGUGAGAGGCUAAUAUAGAUUUCCAAGUAGUUUCAUAGGUACUUUCAUAAUAUUUACGUUAUUUCUAAUACUACACAUUCUAUUACUUGUAUGGAUAAAUACUUAAAGACAGUUCAAAGUGCGGAUAUUUCAGUUGUUUUCUUUCAUGUUCAUUUGCUUCAGAUUUCACCUCUAUAAAAACCACAGUUUUCAUCUUUUGAAUUGGAAGUCACGUGAGGCACAAUUCUGCUGUUUCAUUUCACAGAAAAUGAAAGAACAUCAUAAGCUUUUUUUUUUUUAAAAUGACAAAUAUUGUUGAAUUUGUGUGAUGAGUUGCCUAACCACUCUGAGUUAGGGGAAAGCCAGAUCUGUUUGCCUCCAUAGAUUUCCUCUUUCUUUUUUCCUGUUUCUUUUUUAAAUCUCAUCUACUGAGAUGCACAACUUCAACAACUUGAUACAAUUCAGGUAACAGGAAUUCACAUUCCAAUUGUUUCUGUGACUGCUAAAAGUGCUCUUGUGCUGUAGUUAGUAGAGAGGCAUUUAAGAUACCUAGCCAAAGGAAUUCUACAGGUCAGCUGUGUCUUCUGCACAUACUUCAAGACAAAUCAUAAACACAUUUCUCAUUAUUAUACCUAAAAAAGUAAAAAGGAGAAUCAAGUAUCAGCAAAAAUCAUAGGCUUAAUGUUCUAAGUUUUCUAAGUUUGUUGUAAAACGAUCUUUUUCACAAGAGCAUUGUUUAAUCUUUAACAGAGGAGGAACCACUCCAGUAUAUUUAUGCAGGGCAUAAUAGUUCAUCGUGAAUCAGUAGGUGCACUGCAAACAAGUUGUUUUAAUAGCCUGGAGAAAUAAUAUUUGCACCAGGUUUUAUUAGUACUGAGAUUAUGGGAUACAAAGAUUAUGGGACAACCUGUUCUGAGUGACACAAGAACAAUAUAAUCUUUGAAUUGAACCAUAAACUAAAUCUCUUAUGUAUAUUCAUCAUAGAUACUACUAAUAAUCUCCAGAUUUAAACAGAAAAAAAACCCCCUAGUUCACAUUUUUAUUUCCAGUUCAGCCAGGUUUUCUGAUGAUAAGGCUAUGUGAUUAUGUAGCCAACAUAGCUACACUUUCAUGAAAUUCUCUGAAAUUUGCCAUUAAAAUAUAUUUUUUAAAUCUUAGCUUGUAAAUACCUCAGAGUGUGUUAGGCUGACAGUCAGAUAACUGUGUUUUAAAAUCCGAGCUGGGGUUUCAAAUAUCUCUGGUAAAUGUUUAAUAUGUGAUAGUUUUAGGAUGAAAUAAUUGAUUCCAAACCACUAGUAGUUUCCAAAACUGAAUGUGAACAAAACUUCUCUUAUUUUCAUUUGGAAAGAGAGUAAAUGAGGUUUUCAAGUAUCUGAUGUAGAGAAGCAGAAGCACUAGCAAGGUCAUGAGACUCCAUUCUCAUGAUGGUUCCUCCUGAGUUUUGCAGAUAUGACAAGUCUGAAUAGCCAAAAUUAUUUUUAAAAUCUGGAUGUUUAUCCAAACUAACCUCAGAUUUUUACCCUUUUGUUAUCUCACCCUGUGAUGUAACCUAAACCAGUCUUCUAGCAUAGCAACAAACAUUUCAGACUCAGGAAAUACUGCUCUAGCAAGGUGCAGAUUUUCACAAUCUGCCACUUGGAGAAGUGUGCAUCUCUCCUCCUGCCUCCUUCUCUCCUCAUGCAACCAGUUCAGGUGAAUCCCCAUGAACUAAAAGAAAAAAACAAUAGGGAAACUUUGUAAUUUCAGACUAUAACAACAGGUUUAUUAUUAUUAAGAAAGCCCUGAAUAAUUUUUCUGCAGCCAUGAUUCUAUCUUCCUCUCUAAGAGUUGAGCUUCCUUGUGGUAGGAAAUGGGUGCAAGUUAAAACCGUCACUUCACUACCACCGCUCAACUGAGCUCUUACAAAGUCAUUUACCCCUUCCCUUAGCCUCAUCCUGUGCAAAGGCCUAUAGUGUAUUAAUGGCCACAUGAACUCAGUUUUCAUCCUGCUUUUUAGAAAGCAAUCCUGGUAAACUGGCAGCUAGAUUUUAUUGUGAUAAUUGUUUAUAGCUGCAAAUUAGUUGUUCCUUGAUUUUAUAAUAUAUGCAUAGUAUUUGUUUACAUUACAUAAAUGCAAAGGAACAUAACAAGUCAUCAGAAGCCCCUCUUUGAUAGUAAGACCUAAUUCCUGUGUGUAUCCUACCCUCCUUACUGCAUUAACUCUUGAAAUAACUUUUAGCUAUGAGAGCCUCUGUACACCUUUAAGACCUUAUUACUUUCUAUCUGGAUAUUCAGUGCUUUCCAUGUUUCAUGCAGCCAGGCAGUAAAAAGCUGUGUGAACAGGUUACCUGUUUCUAGGUAUUCACAUUCACAACCGCUUUUCUCCAUUUUUUUUUGAUGAGUUGUUGAAUUUGUACAGUGUGAAGUGCAUUGUUGUUUUGAGGAAUGUGGUUUGUGAAGAAAGAAUAAGGAAAGUGACCUCUGCAUAUUUAAAGUUCGCCUUUUCAUUGCCAUUUGAUUCAGUAAUUUCAUCAGGUAAUGCCUACAGACUGACUUUCAGGUGCUUUUUUACUCCAUUACAUCAUCUGUUUGUGCAUUGGGUGCUAACACAUAGUCUAUGUCAGUGAAUGGUAUGAUGAACGUCUGUAUUUUUAACUCUUUUGGGGAUAAAACUAUAGCCUUAGGCAGAAGAAAAUAACUGAUUUAUACUUGUUUACCCCAUAAGCCAGAAUAUAGAAUGCAAAAGCCCAUCCACUGGUAUAGAUUUUUUGUAUAGAUAAGAAUAUAUAUAUGGUUUAUAUAAGCAUAUGCACAUAUAUAUGUAUAUAUGUGUAUAUUGUAUAAUUCACGAGUGCAUACAUAAAUACAAACCAGUGCGUAUAUACUUCACACCAAAUAGUGAAAGGAUGUCUACAGAGCAAAAAUAGGUAUCCACUUCAUUAUAACUAGUGAGAGGUCUAAAUCCUAGAUCCAAACACCAUUGCAUUUGGAAAGUUUGAACCUGGUUUUGGAGAUUCGUGCUUAAAUUUCAUCUCUGGUUACAGCUGCAGUUACUUGUGUAUAUAUGCAUUCUGGGGGACGUGUGUGUGUGUGCAGAUGUACUUUUUCACAAGCCCAUCUGCGUGGAUGACAGAGGAUAUGUGUGCCAGUAAGUGUGCACGUGUUUACAUAUAUACUUCCAGCUUUGGUGAAUUAUGACGUUACCAGUGUCAUCUUCACUUGUACAGUUUCGUCAGCAGCACAUGAACGCUUCCAUUGGUCACUUUUCAACUCUUUAAAUCACUACACUGAAGUAUUAUGGUUGUACAGUUAUGUUCCUCUAUUCUUGGUCUGCUGAAACUUUUAAUGUAUUUUGUACUGCAUAGAUUAUAUAUUGUUAUAACGUCCUAUGGAACAACAAUAAAAAAGGAAGAAAAAAGGAUAGGAAUAAAAUUAACAACUGUAAAAUGUCAUCUUAACUUGUA